GACAAAGGGAGGAUCGAGAUCGUUUUCUUCUAUCCAGUUCUGAUUUAUUGUUUAACUCCAUAUUUUUAUCUUUUUUAGUUAUGUGUAUUGCAUCAAAGUCACAAGGUUUCCGUAAAUACAAUAACAUUGUAGAUUAAGGCUGCGUUUACUUGUUGAUCAGCUAUCAAAAAACAAGCAAAAAUGAUUCAACCAGAUUACACUUCGGCAAUGGGUUUGCUUUCUCAUCUCAAUUCUGAUGAAUUGAAAGAAAUAUUAAACGACGACUCUAAAUUUGAUUCUGUGCUUAAAGAUGUGAAACAGGUAAAAGACUGGGAAACCGAGAAGGAGAUGAUAAUAGCUAGCAACCGGUCCCUAGCGGAGUUCAACCUGAAAAUGGAGCCGCAGCUGCAGGAGCUCAAGGCAGCGGUGCAGGAGCGCUCCGAGGAGGGAGAGGUACUCUGCAGUCGUAUACAAGAACUGCUAGAAGAGUACAAAUCAAAAUCAGCUGGAAUCUCACUUGACACAACACAAGCACUGCUCCAGACGAGUGCUGCUGAAUCUGAAGAAAAGUCUGAAGAAAUAGCACAGGACUAUCUAUCAGGAAAAAAAUACGACGGAGAGCAGUUUUUAGAGGCCUUCGAACCUGUCCGCAAGCAAAUGCAUCUCAGAAAAUUUAAAGCAGAGAAGAUGAGUGAACUGAUCAGAACAGGAAGCAGAAAUUCCUGUGGUAACGGAUUCUCGAAGCCAUACCUACCCUAUCCUAAUUAUGGACCCGGCCAGAGUGCUCCAAAUGUGCCAUAUCCUAUGGGGCCUCUAAACAUGCCUAUGCCAGGAAUGUAUGGAAACCAUUUCUGAUUUCUGAAGCAUUUGAUCUAAAUACUAUUUUAAAUAUUGUCCUUAGAUAUAGAGGCAGUUCUUUACCAUAAUAAACAGCUGUAAAAUUUAUAACU